ACGCCACAAGUUGUCGGUAAAGAGCGCUUAUGCUGGAUUACCCACUUUCAAAAUCGCAUCAUCAUGAGUGAAAAUCCACGGCCCACGCUCGCACAGCAAUCUGACCCUUUCGGAACCUCCUUAUACCGGUAAGCUGGACUAGGGUGGGCAGGCCCGCACACGAAAACUCUGCUGCUGUCUUGCUCAAAAGGGUUAAACAUUUCAUUUGCACUACAGUAUCCAAGCAAAGUCAACCCCGCUGCAAUGAUGACGAACUCCGUGGUGAUGCUGCACCAACACACGUAAUCAACAAUGCACCAUCAUGCUCACCGGAUGCAUGUUUGCAAGAAGAUUCGGUCCAAGCAAAGCACGUCGUCAUAAUGAAAGGAUAGACUGCAUUGUUUGCUCAUGAGUUGCUUGGAUAGGUGUUGUUUGCUCAUGACGAGCUACUUGGACCGAAUACACCAUAGAGAGGUGCUCCAGUUUUUGUGAUCGGUGCCCAAUUCCGCUCUUAAUUGCAACAUUCUCGAAUUCCUACAAUAUGUUGGAAGCUGACAGCUUUCCGGGCUUUUGAAACGAGGUCCUAUUUGAGGCCGAAGGGCUGUUACAGGUCCAACACAGGAGGAUGCAGGUACUCACCUGUUCGCCCGUGUGUUGCUUAUUCUCGAAGUAGCAGAACGCUAGAAGACAAGCCAUGAGUGAUAACAAAGUGGACGCGAUGGAGACCAAACUGCGCGAAAUGUUUGAGGUGCGAUCGGGUUAUCGUGACGAGCACAGUCAGGCAGCGUUACUUGCCAAGCACUUCCGCAGCUUUGACCGAGACGGCUCGGGUGUCGUCGACUUUGACGAAUUCGUUCGUGCCAUGUUGUCGCUCAACUUCGUCGGUGUCCAAGCUGAGACUGAAGCCUUAUUUGAUCGCUACGACGCGGAUCUGGACGGUAUACUAAGCUACGCCGAGUUCGCUCAAGCCAUCACGGGAUGUUCUGGACGUGUUCUGCUGAAUGGACGAGUUCGAUCGCUUCUGGAAAGGAUACGAGAAGGCAUUCUGGAAGCUGGUGGCAAGAACGGCAUUAGAACAUUGGGCGUGAUUUUACGUCGAAUGGACCAGAAUGGCAACGGAAUGGUCGAGUUUGAGGAAUUUCGCGAUGGCAUCGCACAUUUGGGGGGUAGUGACGCCGGUCCAGAAGAAUUAGAGCGCACCUUCCGGUGCUUUGAUCGCGACCAAAGUGGCAAGAUCACUGUUGACGAGCUUAUGCGUGGGCUUCGGGGAUCAAUGCCUAAGCGCCGUAUCCUGCUAGUGAAGAAGGCGUUUGCGUUGCUGGAUACGUCUGGAGAUGGCAAAGCUACACUUGAAGAAGUUGAGCGUCUGUACGAUGCCUCACAACAUCCUGAAGUCCUCGCGGGACGGAUGAAGCCUCGGGACGCGAUGCUUGAAAUGAUGAGCGCUUUCGAGCAGUCCGACUCGCGUGGCGAUGGACUGGCACUACCUCCCAAACUUCAGGGUCUUCACCACGUGCUCCAGGUUAUCAGCGGCUUUGUUAUCCCCAACACCAUCGAUGGUGCCGUGUACAACAACCUUCAGCGCAUUAUCCGAGCGUACGAACCUUUUCGUCCCUAUACAGCUGGGGCAAUGGAUGGAGCUGCAGCUAGAGGACGCGCUUCGCUCCUGCAGUGGCUCCAUUUCAACAGAAGCGAAGGCUGCUCGACAGCAGCUUUCGUCGGAGCAGCCUCCAAUGGCAAUCACAACACGCUCAAAUGGCUACAUAAGUAUUAUCCAUCGCAGUGCAAUCCCGAUAGAGAACUUGCUGCUGCAGCUGGAUACAAUCAAGGUCGAGUGAUACGAUAUCUACAGAGGAUUCAUCCUUAUUCCAACCGAGAUGCUGGUAUUGUGGUACAAGCGGCCGCAGCUAAUGGCCUAAUUGAAUUGGUGGAGAGUUAUCAUCCGCAUACUUACGACGUUGUAAAGCCUUUUCUCGCUGCAGCACAAAAUGGCCACGCCGCAGUAUUACGGGUUCUUAUUGAGAGACAUCGUACGGUUGAGCGUAGGGGACGUCCUGCACUUGCAAAUCUCGAAAAACCAGCGUUGAAAAUGGCUGUGCAGGGAGGUCACGGUGGUGUUGUUGAAUUGCUGAUUGAACACUACAGAGAAGCUGUUCUCACGGAUGAAUUGGCAAUGGCUGCAACUUGUAGUCAUAACAAUGUGGUUGAAUUGCUGCUGCAGAGAUUUCACGUAAAAGAGGACAAGAUACUUCAGGCUCUGCUAAAAGCAAUCAAGAAUAAUCACUGCGCGGUGGUAAAAGUUUUGCUAGAUCGGUUUAGUAGAAACGAUAUCUCUCCUGUGAGUGGCAAGUGUAACGCGAUGUCUCGGGUUCAGACUCUUCUUGAGCCUGCAUUUCUAUCUGCCGUGGGAAGUGGUUAUUUCGACAUGGUCAAGCUGUUACUUAGCAGCAUUUCUCUUCCAGUCAGUCGGGCAUCAGUGAGAGCAGCUCGCACUCAUCAAUUGGCGGUUCUGGAAAUGAUACUUGGCAUUUCGAAGGACUUGAAAGACGACUACCAUUUCAGUUCUAUCGCUACUGUGGCUGAGAUUGCCGCAUCGACUCGAUCUAUUGACAUGGCAAGACUGUUAGUCUCCAAGUGCACUUCAUUCCACCCGAGACGUGCCUUACUGAUCGCAGUGGAGAAUAAUUACCCGGACUUGUUGGCUGAAUUGGUCAAGAAAAGCAGUCCAGAUGCUAUUGUGGAGGCUGCAGUCUUUGCUGCGGUACAGGAUCGACAGAAAUUGUUGGAACUUUUACUAACCAAAAGUACUGGAAAAAUGGUCGAGCGGAUUCUGCUACGUGCUGCAUCGGACGCUAACCCGGAAAUGCCAGUCUUGGACUUCUCGUGCUGGUACAAAUGCUACUGGAGAGAGUGA